GGCUGUCUUUCGGUCACGUGAGCGAUUCGGAAAGAGCAGCGGCUGCAGAAAUGUGCUACAUGUUCGUUGCCAGCGCAUGCCUAAACAGAGACAGAAGUGCCAAUCGCGCUUUUUCUGUCGUUUUUUUAAAGGUGUAGUUUAUGCAGGCUGCACGCAGUGGCGAUGGCAUACCGAUAUUACUGCCUUUGAGAAAAGAGACAGAAGUCGGCAGAUUGGACCUGAAGAAUCACAGAGCAUCUGCAACAGCGUCGAAACGGGAUCUUUAAAGCCCCCCAACGCGUUCACCCUGUUCAGCUGCAGCGAACUGUACAGGCAUCUUUGCCCGCCUUUUGCCGAUUGAUAUUGCCGUUGAUAUUCGUUGUUAGUCGUUUACGCGAAAUGAAUGCAACUAACACGAGUCGCCUUUGGAAAGGAUUGUGUAACACGCGAAGAUAAAGUUUAGGCGAUUCUGCGUGCCGAUCCAUGACGUUGCUUGCAUGGAAGUAAAUGAAGAAAUGUCCUUAGUUGUUUUGAUGGGUGGAAUAAUAUAAAGAAUCUUCUACCUUUCUCCUGUGUGACGCUUGGUGAAUGGGCUGCUCAGUUGGAUUCCAGACCUGUAUCGAUGAAAACUCGUGGCUGGGACUACAUCGUGCGUUGUGAUGCUUCUUCUUUAUGCUCUAUCUGAUGCCAAUUUUGAUUUCUGUGGUCAAAUCUGUGCGUUUCUAGAAUGGCUCGCUUCGAAGACGAUCUGCCGACCCGAUAUGGGGGUGGCUCACCAUCGGGUCCAGGAAGAGGGGCAAGCCGGCAGCCGGGCCCCCCGGUCGGUCAGAGGAUGUACAAGCAGACAAUGGCCCAGAGAGCCCGGACAAUGGCCAUAUACAAUCCAAUUCCUGUCAAACAGAACUGUUUCACCGUUAACCGGUCUCUUUUCAUCUUUAGUGAGGAUAACAUAAUUCGGAAAUACGCAAAGAAAGUAACAGAGUGGCCUCCAUUUGAGUACAUGAUCCUUGCCACCAUCAUAGCCAACUGCAUUGUGCUGGCUUUGGAGCAGCAUUUACCUGCAGAGGACAAGACUCCAAUGUCACAGCGCCUGGAUGACACAGAGCCCUACUUCAUUGGCAUAUUUUGCUUUGAGGCUGGGAUUAAGAUCAUCGCUCUUGGCUUUGCUUUUCAUAAAGGCUCCUAUCUACGCAAUGGGUGGAACGUGAUGGAUUUUGUCGUCGUGUUGACGGGGAUUCUGACCACAGUGGGGGCAGACUUUGACUUGAGGACACUCAGGGCAGUGAGAGUCUUGCGGCCACUUAAGCUUGUGUCUGGAAUUCCUAGUCUGCAGGUGGUCCUGAAGUCCAUCAUGAAAGCCAUGGUGCCUCUGCUGCAGAUAGGACUCCUUCUCUUUUUCGCCAUACUCAUGUUCGCCAUCAUUGGCCUGGACUUCUACAUGGGCAAGUUCCACCGUGCCUGCUUCAGGAUCGACACUGGGGAGCUGGCGGCUGAGUUCCCCUGCGGUCUGGAGGCUCCCGCGCGGACCUGCGAUAAUGACACACACUGCCAGGAGUACUGGAUCGGUCCCAACUUUGGCAUCACCAACUUUGACAACAUUCUGUUUGCUGUGCUGACGGUCUUCCAGUGCAUCACCAUGGAGGGCUGGGUGGAGAUCCUUUACAACGCCAACGACGCCUCAGGGAACACCUGGAACUGGCUCUACUUCAUCCCCCUCAUCAUCAUUGGCUCCUUCUUCAUGCUCAACCUGGUUUUGGGGGUGCUGUCGGGGGAGUUUGCUAAGGAGCGUGAGCGUGUCGAGAAGAGACAAGAGUUCCUAAAGCUGCGCAGACAGCAGCAAAUUGAGAGAGAGCUCACCGGCUAUCUGGAGUGGAUCUGCAAAGCAGAGGAAGUCAUGCUUGCAGAGGAAGAUAAGAAGUCUCCCCUGGACAGCCCCUGGUACAAGAGGAAAUGCAACAACCCAGUGCUGAAAAGAGCCAAAAAGAGCAAAAAUGACCUCAUCAAUGCAGAAGAGGGCGAAGACCACUUCACCGAUAUCUCAUCAGUCGCGCCGCAGGGCUCGCCGUUCACCCGGGCCAGCCUGAAGAGUGGCAAGAUUGAGAGCUCAUCGUAUCUGCGCCGCAAAGAGAAGCACGUGCGCUUUUUUAUCCGCCGGAUGGUGAAGUCACAGGCCUUCUACUGGACGGUGUUGUGCCUGGUGGGCCUCAACACGCUCUGCGUGGCCAUUGUACACUAUGACCAGCCUGAGGGACUCACCUACGCCCUGUAUCUAGCAGAGUUUGUGUUCCUGGGUCUGUUCUUGACUGAGAUGAGUCUGAAGAUCUAUGGUCUUGGGCCCAGGAGCUACUUCCACUCCUCCUUCAACUGCUUCGACUUUGGGGUGAUUGUGGGGAGCAUUUUCGAGGUGAUAUGGGCGGCGGUGAAACCAGGCGCCUCCUUCGGUAUCAGCGUCUUACGAGCUCUGAGACUGCUGAGGAUCUUCAAGGUUACAAAAUACUGGAACUCUUUACGGAACCUGGUAGUGUCUCUGCUGAACUCCAUGAAGUCCAUCAUCAGCUUGCUCUUCCUCCUCUUCCUCUUCAUCGUGGUUUUCGCUCUGCUGGGGAUGCAGCUCUUCGGGGGCCAGUUCAAUUUUGAAGAUGAGACCCCAACAACAAACUUUGACACCUUUCCAGCAGCCAUCCUGACAGUAUUCCAGAUUCUGACAGGAGAAGACUGGAACGCUGUGAUGUACCAUGGGAUUGAAUCUCAGGGCGGAGUGAAGCGUGGAAUGUUCUCCUCUGUGUACUUCAUCGUCCUCACUUUGUUUGGAAACUACACUCUUCUCAAUGUCUUCUUGGCAAUUGCUGUUGACAACCUUGCCAAUGCACAGGAACUCACUAAGGAUGAGGAGGAGCAGGAGGAGGCCAUCAGUAAGAAGCUGGCCCUGCAGAAGGUGAAGGAGGUGAAGGAAGUCAGCCCCAUGUCAGCCGCAAACAUCUCGCUCGCCGCGAGUUAUGUCUGCUCUCCUGCUCAUCACUACUUGAGCAAAGAGCAGCGUCGCUCUUUGAAGAUGAUGUCUGUGUGGGAGCAGCGCACCAGCCAGAUUCGCAAGCACCUGCAGGCCAGCAGUGACACCCUCUACCCCGAGGAGCACAACCCCCGCCUGGCCUCCAGCCAGCACUUGCGCCCGGACAUCACCACGCAUCUGGACCGGCCGCUGGUGGUGGAGCCACGCUGCGACGGGCCCCCGGGCCCCCAUGGUGCCUGGGACAAACCCGCGGAGGCGCGGGGCGAGGCAGGGACACCCGAGGAGCCCGAGCCCGCCGGCCCGGCCGAGUCUCCACACCCGCCCCCGCCGCGCAAGCACCACCGUCACCGGGAGCGUCCGCGCAACGAGGACGGCCAGGAGGCGGGCGAGGCGGGCGAGUUGCCCCGCGAAGGCCGCCGGCACGUGCACCACAGCCGCGGCAGGGAGCCCGACGGCCCGCUCUGCAAAGAGAGGAGCGCCGAGCACAGUCACAGCAGGGACGACGCCCGGCGUCACAAGCACCAGGGCGAUGGACGCGGAGCAGGCGAGCGGGAGCACCGGCACCACCACUCGCACCGGGGCACUCGCGAGGGCAACGGCGUGCUGGGCAGUGGCAGGUGCGCCCACCACAAAGAGGGCUCGCGCUCGGCCGCGAGGGAUUGUGACAGGUGCUCGCGUGGGGAGGAUGCGGCGAAUGGGGGCAGGAGGAGGCACCGGCUACGGGUCAGCAAGACCCAGUCCACGCCCGAGCAUGAGAAGGAGGAGGGCAAGUCUCCAGGGCAGAGGCAUGUGGAGGUGGGCGGAGACUUGCUGGCAGCCACACCCCAGCCGCCUAUGGAAGGGAGUAGGUGGGGUCUGGAGAAACCAGAGGACUCGGACAACCAGCACAACAUCGGCCGCGCAGGGGGCUUAGGGGUCCAUAUCCCUGUCACCAUCACAUCUCCGCCGGGCGAGACCACGCUCAUACCCAUGAACAGCAUAGACAGCGAGACUGUGCCCAUGACGGAGAAGAACCUGGACGAGAUGAAUCCAAGCGGCCCACGUCCUAUCCUCCCCUACAGCUCCAUGUUCAUCUUCAGCCCGUCUAACCCGGUGAGGCGUCUCUGUCACUACAUAGUGAGUCUCCGCUACUUUGAGAUGUGCAUUCUGGUGGUUAUAGCCAUGAGCAGCAUUGCCCUGGCUGCAGAGGACCCAGUGCAGACCAACUCUCCACGCAACAACGUGCUGAAGUAUUUGGACUAUGUCUUCACUGGUGUGUUCACAUUUGAGAUGGUGAUUAAGAUGGUAGAUCUGGGCUUGCUGCUGCAUCCUGGCUCCUACUUCCGAGACCUGUGGAAUAUUCUAGACUUCAUUGUAGUCAGUGGAGCUCUGGUGGCGUUCGCUUUCUCAAGCUUCAUGGGAUCGCAACACAGUGUGAACAGAGGCACUAAAGGCAAAGACAUCAGUACCAUUAAGUCCCUCAGGGUGCUGAGGGUGCUUCGGCCUCUCAAGACCAUCAAACGACUGCCAAAACUCAAGGCUGUGUUCGACUGUGUGGUGAACUCCCUGAAGAACGUGUUGAACAUCCUCAUCGUCUACAUCCUCUUCAUGUUCAUCUUUGCCGUUAUUGCUGUGCAGCUCUUCAAGGGCAAGUUCUUCUACUGCACAGAUGAGUCCAAAGGGUUGGAGAGGGACUGCAGAGGGCAAUUCCUGGACUAUGAUAAAGACGAGGUGUCAGCCCAGCCUAGAGAGUGGAAGAAGUAUGAGUUCCACUACGACAACGUGCUGUGGGCUUUUCUCACUCUUUUCACCGUAUCCACAGGAGAGGGUUGGCCCACGGUCCUGAAGCACUCCGUGGACGCCACCUUCGAGGACCAGGGGCCGAGCCCUGGCUACCGGAUCGAGAUGUCCAUCUUCUAUGUGGUCUACUUUGUAGUCUUUCCCUUCUUCUUCGUCAACAUUUUUGUGGCCUUGAUCAUCAUCACGUUCCAGGAGCAGGGUGACAAAGCUCUGUCUGAGUGCAGCCUCGAGAAGAAUGAGAGAGCCUGUAUCGACUUUGCCAUCAACGCCAAGCCUCUGACGCGCUACAUGCCCCAGAACCAGCAGUCCUUCCAGUACAGGAUGUGGAAAUUCGUGGUCUCGCCUCCGUUCGAGUACUCCAUCAUGAUCAUGAUUGCUCUCAACACUGUGGUCCUCAUGAUGAAGUUCUAUGGCGCGCCGGAUUUUUACGAAGCCAUGCUGAAGUAUCUCAACAUAGUCUUCACUGCCCUUUUCUCGCUGGAGUGCAUUCUCAAGAUCAUCGCUUUUGGCCCUUUGAAUUACCUGAAGGAUGCCUGGAACGUGUUUGACUUUGUCACGGUGCUGGGGAGCAUUACUGAUAUCCUGGUCACCGAGAUCAACACGACGGAUCGCCUGUUGAACCUGAGCUUUCUCCGACUCUUCCGGGCGGCCCGUCUCAUCAAGCUGCUGCGUCAAGGCUACACCAUCCGAAUCCUGCUCUGGACCUUCGUGCAGUCCUUCAAGGCCCUGCCCUAUGUCUGCCUCCUCAUCGCCAUGCUCUUCUUCAUUUACGCCAUUAUUGGAAUGCAGGUCUUCGGAAACAUCGAGCUGAACGAGGACACGGCCAUCAACCAUCACAACAACUUCCGCACUUUCCUGCAAGCCCUCAUGCUGCUCUUCAGGAGUGCCACGGGGGAGGCCUGGCAUGAGAUCAUGCUGUCUUGCCUCAGCCAUCAGUCGUGCGACAAGCUUUCGGGCAUUCUGGGAAUGGAGUGUGGCAGCGAUUUCGCCUACUUCUACUUCGUCUCUUUCAUCUUCCUCUGCUCCUUCCUGAUGCUCAAUCUGUUUGUGGCUGUGAUCAUGGAUAACUUUGAGUACCUGACACGAGACUCCUCCAUCCUGGGCCCCCACCACCUGGAUGAGUUCAUCCGUGUGUGGGCCGAGUAUGACCCUGCCGCAUGUGGCCGUAUCAAGUACCGCGAUAUGUAUGAGACGCUGCUCCACAUGUCCCCACCUUUAGGUUUGGGAAAGAAAUGUCCACCACGAAUCGCCUACAAGCGGCUGGUGAAGAUGAACAUGCCAAUCGCUGAUGACAACACAGUGCACUUCACCUCCACGCUUAUGGCCCUGAUCCGCACUGCGCUGGAGAUCAAGCUGGCCUCAGGAAUGGUGGCCCAGCGCCUGUGCGAUGCUGAGCUGAAGAAGGAGCUGGCCACUGUCUGGCCCAGUCUGUCCCAGAAGACCAUGGACCUGCUGGUGACGCCCCACAAACCCAAUGAACUGACGGUGGGGAAGGUGUAUGCUGCUCUCAUGAUCUUUGACUACUAUAAGCAGAACAGGGCCAAGAGACUGCAGAUGCAACAACAGUCCAAAGAGCAGCAGACAGGACCUGGUCCCCAGAAUAACGUGGCAGCUCUCCUGGAGCCUGUCCUGCCUCUGUCGCCCAUGCAGGAUCUCAGCAGGAGCCGCUUGGAGCAUCCGUCAGACACCCUGCUGCUUGCUCGACCCAACUCUGCUACACUCAACAACGGGCACACACUGAAAUCUAGCCAUGAUAAUACCAUCAAAGGCUCCUCGUCAUGGGUGUCAGAAAAAGCCAAAGAGGUCCGCAGGUCAAAGAGGCGACCGAUAUCAAGAGGCCAAUCAGAGGACAUCUCGAACGCAAACGCCACCCAGGUUUCAGUGGAGAUGAGGAAGAUGGAGAACAGUGCCAUCACAGCGCCCCCUGUUGCUUUGGAGGGGCAAGGUCGUGCUGUGUCCAUGCCCAAACUCAAUGCAGAGAUGCAGAGAAGUCACUCGCGUUACUCCCCGGGGACCUUACUGGCACCUAUUCCUGACUCCCCUAUGAGGCGCUCUGCAUCCACCUUUGCGCCCCAGCGCUCUCAGGAGGUUGACUUGAAUGAGUACACCCUGGAGAGGCCUGUUCAGGAGCGACCACGCCAUCAUCAUCACCAUCAUCGCUGCCACCACCGCAGAGACAGAGACAAGAAGCAGAAGUCACUCGACAGGUCACCCUCGGACCAUCCGCCUAGCACUGGCGGCACAGCAGCCGACCCUGGGGGGAACCCCUUGUCCCGGGACAGGGGGCAUGACCGGGGUCGCUCCCAUGAGAGGAAGCACCAUUCGUCCACGGUAAAAAAGCAGCUCUACUACUCGUGCGACCGCUACAGCUGCCGGGAGCCUUGCGCUGCCAAGCCUGCCCCUGUCAGCUGCACCACCUCCCCUGGAGAGGCUCCGGACGCCACCUUCAGCAAACAGGGCAGUGGUUGGGCUAAGGGAAGCCAGAUGUUGUUGACCUCAGGGGCGAGUACGCCCACGCGUGGGCGCAGGCAGUUGCCCCAGACGCCCCUGACCCCACGCCCUGCUGUGGCAUACAGGACUGCCAACUCCUCCCCUGUGUCCUUCAUGGGUGCCCAGGCCAUGCUGUCACCUCCAAAUCCGGGAAGGCUGAGCCGUGGGCUAUCCGAGCACAAUGCCCUCCUACACAGUGGCUCCGGCUUCAGCUCACCCUCUCCCGUCACCCGGAUCAGCUCCGAGCCCUUCCUAGGCUGCAACCUCCGGCCCGAGGACUCUGCUGUCUUCCAGGAGGCGCUGAGCCCACAGGCCGCCCGUUUGCCCUGGACUCUCCCACCCCCAUCGCAGCAGACUCUCCAUGGGAUGCCCAAUGGCUACCAUGUUCUGGGUGUACCCACAGGGCUCGACGGUAGCAGUGACAGGGCCCAACGCUACUACCCAGAAGCAGAGGAAGAUGAAUGGUGCUAGUAUGGCUUUAACACACACACACACACACACACUCGUUCUCUCUCUCUCUCUCACACACACACACACACACAUGCACAC